AUGGCUAAUCAGAACCGUCUCCGCUGUCUCCACGCUUCUCUCCCUCCUGUAAUCGAUCUAGAUCCAUCUCCAGCUCCUGUGGAGGAGCAGCUAGAUGGGCAUUUUACCCAGCUUCUGGCAGCUACACCCCUGGCCAGAAUCCUGUCCUCCCUGUGGGAGGAUAAAUGCUGGCACCUUUUGAUCAUUUGGCCAUAUCCGUCCGCCGUACGACCUCAAGACAGUAAGGGUUUCGCUGCGCUUGGCUGCCGGUUUGCUAUUCUUCCACCCCAAACUGCCCCUAUCAUUAUCGACAAAGACAUACUCCAGCUUCGGAGCUUCACUACACGUCUGCGCAACAUUUUUUCGCCACGAAAUCUAACCCAAUAUGUGGCAACACCCAUCUUGGGCGAUGUAGCUCAACCACCCGUGAUAAGCUUGAAACCGCGUCAACAUCCAGCUCACGCGGUAGAUCUCCUUCUCACGGUCUCUCCGGGAGUUCUCGUGCACCUGCAGGGUGUCCCUGAUCUCCACGUCGGACGGCUUCUUAUUCGGAUCGCAGUGACGGCGCGGUGGAUUGCGCUCGCCAGAUCGGCGGCACUCUCCACGGCCGUGGCACCGCCAAACACUGCGUUGGGCGUGACUUAUGCACCGAAUGAUUCUGUCAGCCAGCUGAAUACGCGUAUAGGCUAG